AUGGCCUUUGAGAAGACACGUGCUGCCAUCUACGCACAAGAACGUCGAGACAAUGAAAUACAAGCUCGAGAAGAGUUGCAAACUCGUCUUGUGCCUUCACCUCUAACAGAUAUCGUGGAGGCGCGAGGCGACUUCAACCUCACCACGAAGAUACUCGGCGUUGCCCUUUUGCAGAUUGACCCUUCUGCGCACCUUCCACAGCAUGUGCUUCCUCCCGAGUAUAGCACUAGGUCAAGAGAAUAUAACCAGCUUCGACGGCUGAAUGAGAACGAUGUACGGCGCGCAAUUAAGCACAAAAUUCCGGCGCACAUCCUUCAGGAAGACUUUAUGCAGCAGAGCAAUUUUAAUCAGACUACGAAGGUUAUCGUCGCCAUUGCUAAAUAUCUCGAUGAGCUCAAGGCCAUAGAGAAUACAUUGAUGAAGGAGGAACAAAGUCCAGCAUGCGACGACUCGACACACAAUGGUGAAAGCGCUAUCAAGGCAGGUUGCAUAGUUUUGCAAGUCACUAUGACCUUCACUAACAUGGCUGAAUCUAGCUCGAAGCGCUCCAGUGAGACGAGUUUCUUUCAGUCGUCACCAGAUCGAGUUCCUAUUAUACUCCACAAACGGACCCGGGACGAAUUCGAAUCUGCACAAGUUACCCAUUUUGAUCGUCUGCUCAACCUGGAUCUCAAGCCACCGCCACUCAAAGCGUUCACCGAACCUAUAAGCAUGCCUGCUUCAACUCCAGGCGCAGUAGAAGUCAAAAACAACGACGCACAACGCCCCUGGUUAGAGCAGCACGAUAAAGCUGAGUGGGAAGAUCAACGAACUGACCUUCAUCCGAUCUCUGAGAUCCGUCUACUUGAGCAAGCUGCGAAACGUCUUAUCGCAAAGGCGAAAGAGAUGCUUGAACCCGUUCCGGACGACGUGGAAUAUGACAACGAGACGGCGCAGCCGCGGACGAUAAUGAGGAAAGGCUACCUGGCAAGGAGGGCGGACCUGUCCCCGGAACAAAUGGAGGACCUUGCUUGGAUCCAUGAUCUGCUUGUGGAUGCUUGUGCUGUUGUCGAAGGUACUGGCGAAAGCAGAAAGAUAGUGAGGAAGUGGGAGCGAAGUAGGAGGGAUUGGGGCAAGUUUGAGCUGCUGCAGGAUGAGCUGUCGUCGAAAUCGUGA